ACAGCACGCGGAUCGCGGCGAAUCGAACUUCCCUUAAGAUCAUCAUCUAUCACGUUUUCCCUGUGUUUUCGAUUGCAGCAACAUAUUACCUUCGGAGCAUAACGAACGCUCCUUGUUUGUGCAUUGUACUAGUGAUCGAAGAUCGAAUCGAAUAAGACGAACUUUGUUUCAGUGAAUCCAUCGUUAUCGGCCUCGUGUAUUCCAAGGAUAAUGCGAUAAUCCUUUUUAGAGUCCAGCUGAAACUGACUCCAGUACCGAUAGAUAUCUGUGGAUUUUUAGAGUGCCAGUGAGAUAGUGAAGACGGGAAGGGAAAGCGGAGCAUCGAUUUGUGAACAUUUGUGGACGAGCGCCAAUCAUUAGGGCUGCUUUUCUUGUUGUAGCGUGGUUGCAUCGUUGGCAUCGUUUCGUAACAACUCCCCGGGCGUGGACAGCGUUGCAGCAUGGCACCGAACGUCCUCGGCAAUACGCUGCUGCUAGCGGAAACAUGUAUCGAACCGGAAGAUCGCAACAAGAAUGGCCCAUCCGUCGGCACGCUGUACAAAAGCAAAGCGAUCCUGAAUGUCCCCGUGAGCAAGCCGGCUCGACUGGACGAGUUAAAGCUUAACGACACUACGAAGAAAGUACAGGAAUCCAGGCCCAAGCGACAGUAUAAUAAUGUUUACGUUUGGCGAAACAUUAUUGCAUUCAUCUAUCUUCAUCUCGGCUUUCUGUACGGAAGCUAUCUGCUGGUGACAUCGGCCAAAUGGAGCACAUUUCUGUUCGCACUGGCGCUAGGUUCGUGCGGUGCCCUCGGCAUCACCGCCGGUGCUCACCGGCUGUGGUCGCACAAGGCCUACAAGGCAAAGUGGCCGCUGCGUUUGUUCCUGAUGCUAGCGCAAACGCUAGCCUUCCAGAACAGCGUCUACGAGUGGGUGCGCGAUCAUCGCGUCCACCACAAGUUCACCGAUACCGAUGCCGAUCCGCACAAUGCGACGCGCGGUUUCUUCUUCUCCCACAUUGGCUGGCUGAUGGUGAAGAAGCACCCGGACGUGAAGGUGCGCGGUCAGGCGAUCGACAUGAGCGAUCUCGAGCAGGACGGGAUCGUGAUGUUCCAGAAGCGCUACUACGCCCUGCUGAUGCCGGUGUUUUGCUUCGUCCUGCCAACCUUCCUUUCCUACUACUACCUGGGCGAAACGUUCUCCAACUCUUGGUACGUGGUCGCCAUCUUCCGGUACGUGUUGUCGCUGAACGCCACCUGGCUGGUCAACAGUGCCGCCCACAUCUGGGGCACGAAACCGUACGAUCGCAACAUCUCACCGACCAACAACACGUUCGUGGGAAUUGCGGCGUUCGGUGAGGGUUGGCAUAACUACCACCACGUGUUCCCGUGGGACUACAAAACGUCCGAGCUGGGCACCUACAGUACCAACUUCACGACGGCGGCCAUCGAUUUCUUCGCACGGAUUGGCUGGGCGUACGAUCUGAAGUCCGUGUCGGACGAGAUGAUCAAGAAGCGAGUUCUGCGUACCGGUGACGGUUCGCACACGUACAGCGAACAGGAACUGACGGCCAAGAUGGUCGACUACAUCAACAACCUGGACCACGAAUCGGAACAGGCCGUCUGGGGUUGGGAUGAUCGGGAUAUGACCGAGUUCGAUCGGCAGGAUGCGACGGUGAAGAACAAGAGUGAUUAGAUGUGUAAUAUCGAAUGCGAAUACGCUCACCUCCAGCUGGUGUGCUAGUGUGUAUAUGUAUAUGUAUCUGUGGGUAUGUGUAGGUGUGUUUUUGGAGUGCUUGUGCUAUGAUGAUGGCACAAAAGUUUCGCAAAAAACAGGUACACCCCCCCCCACAAACGGGGAGGGAAAAAAGCCCGGGGCGGGGACUGCCUUUUGGUGCGUUUUGAGGUUUGAUGUCUACUACUAGUGUCUAUGAGGAAUCUGUUUUUUUUUUCCUUUUUGUUUCCACUUCCUGCUGCGCUCCACUCUGUAGCAACGCCCUUUCCUUUCCAUGGCCGCGAGUAGUCGAAGAGCUGGCGUAGUAGUAGUAACGGUAGUAGUAACACCGACGACACCGACUAGCGACGAUCACGUCACGAGGUAGUAGUACUUUUGGGUUUUGUGAACGUCCCCAGGCCGUGCACGAGGAACGAUUUCCGAUGCAGCCAGAAUGAAAGAGAGUGAGAGAGAGGGGGAGGGAAGCGAGAGUAAGGAAAUGGCCGGCAAAGGGAGCGCACCCAAGUGCGUGCGGUAUCCCAGUAUCGCAUCGCAAAACGGCAUGUGUUGUGUUUAUUUAUUGUUCUCUAUCGCUAUCCUUAGCUUAAGAUCUAAGUUUGAUUUUAAUAAAAACACCACAAACGAAUAA